GAGCAUGCAGCACCGGCAGGAGGAGGAGGGCUCCGCCGAGGUUCAGACCGAAGUUAGAGCCGUGCUGGGAGGAAGCGCUCUGGGAAGCGCGGCGGGCAGCAUGUAGCAGGGAGCGGGGCGGGAGCCUCUCUGCGCGCUUCGCUUCUCCUAUUAUUCCCCCCCCUCCCCCCCCUUUAUUUUGACCGUUCUCCACCGCCGCUGCCAUGGGGCUGCCCACGCUGGAGUUCAGCGACUCCUACUUGGACAGCCCGGAUUUCAGGGAGCGCCUCAAGUGCCACGAGAUCGAGCUGGAGAGGACCAACAAGUUCAUCAAGGAGCUGAUUAAGGACGGCAGCCUCCUGAUCGGCGCCCUGCGGAACUUAUCCAUGGCAGUGCAAAAAUUUUCACAGUCUUUACAAGAUUUCCAGUUUGAGUGUAUUGGAGACGCUGAAACUGAUGAUGAAAUUAAUAUUGCCCAGUCACUGAAAGAGUUUGCUCGGCUCCUUAUUGCUGUUGAAGAAGAGAGGAGACGACUGAUCCAGAAUGCUAAUGAUGUGCUAAUAGCGCCACUGGAGAAGUUUCGUAAAGAGCAAAUAGGAGCAGCAAAAGAUGGGAAGAAGAAGUUUGACAAGGAAAGUGAGAAGUAUUAUUCCAUCCUAGAGAAGCACUUAAAUUUAUCAGCAAAGAAGAAAGAAUCUCACCUGCAAGAUGCAGAUACACAGAUUGACAGAGAACAUCAAAACUUUUAUGAAGCAUCUUUAGAAUAUGUUUUUAAAAUUCAAGAAGUACAAGAGAAGAAGAAAUUUGAAUUUGUUGAGCCUCUCUUGGCCUUUCUUCAAGGAUUAUUUACAUUUUACCAUGAAGGAUAUGAACUGGCUCAGGAGUUUGCACCAUACAAGCAGCAGCUGCAGUUCAAUUUGCAGAAUACCAGGAAUAACUUUGAAAGCACUAGGCAGGAAGUGGAGAGACUCAUGCAAAGAAUGAAAUCAGCCAAUCAGGAUUACAGACCGCCAAGUCAAUGGACAAUGGAAGGCUAUCUUUAUGUGCAGGAGAAACGACCUCUUGGAUUUACAUGGGUAAAACAUUACUGCACUUACGAUAAAGGAACAAAAACAUUUACAAUGAGUAUAGCCGAAACAAAAUCUGGUGGAAAAGUGAAUGGCCUUGUCACGAGCUCACCGGAAAUAUUCAAGCUAAAAUCUUGCAUCAGGAGAAAGACAGAUUCAAUUGACAAACGCUUCUGUUUUGAUAUUGAAGUUUUUGAGAGACCUGGGAUCAUCACGCUGCAAGCCUUUUCAGAAUCCAACCGAAAACUUUGGCUUGAAGCUAUGGAUGGAAAGGAACCAAUCUACACACUGCCAGCCAUUAUUAGCAAGAAGGAAGAAAUGUUCUUAAAUGAAGCAGGUUUCAACUUUGUGAGGAAAUGUAUUCAUGCUGUAGAAACAAGAGGUAUUACAAUCCUGGGGCUGUAUAGGAUAGGAGGUGUAAACUCUAAAGUGCAAAAGCUGAUGAAUACUGUAUUUUCUCCUAAAUCUCCUCCUGAUAUGGAUAUUGAUAUGGAACUUUGGGACAAUAAAACAAUAACAAGUGGAUUGAAAAACUACCUCAGGUGUCUUUCAGAACCGCUGAUGACUUUCAAGCUGCACAAAGAUUUCAUUGUUGCUGUUAAGUCAGAUGAUCAGAACUACAGAGUAGAGGCAGUGCAUGCACUUGUGCAUAAGUUACCAGAGAAGAACAGAGAGAUGUUGGACAUCCUUAUCAAGCACUUGGUCAAGGUAUCAUUACACAGUCAGCAAAAUCUAAUGACUGUAUCCAACCUCGGUGUUAUCUUUGGACCAACUCUGAUGAGAGCGCAAGAAGAAACUGUGGCUGCUAUGAUGAACAUUAAGUUUCAGAAUAUCGUCGUUGAGAUUCUGAUAGAGCAUUAUGAAAAGAUAUUUCACACUGCACCAGAUCCCAAUAUUCCUCUUCCCCAACCUCAAUCCCGAUCAGGUUCAAGAAGGACAAGAGCAAUUUGUCUCUCCACAGGUUCACGUAAACCCAAAGGAAGAUAUACACCAUGUCUAGCAGAUCCUGAUAGUGACUCGUACAGCAGUAGCCCAGACAGCACUCCCAUGGGCAGUAUUGAAUCGCUCUCUUCCCAUUCGUCUGAGCAGAACAGCUCUACCAAAUGCCCACUAUCACAGCCCAGGGAGAAAUCAGGAGGGAUUCCAUGGAUUGCCUCUCCCACUUCUUCUAAUGGCCAGAAGAGUUCAGGCUUAUGGACUACGAGUCCAGAAUCUUCAUCAAAGGAGGAUGCAACCAAAACAGAUGUAGAAUCGGACUGCCAAAGUGUAGCUUCUGUCACUGGACCAGAGAAUGCUUCUCCACCAACAGACUUGACCAAAAAGAGUUCUUACAGUCUGUCUGGGCUGAAAAGGUCUUCAGCAUCUUCCCUCAGGUCAAUUCCAUCAGCUGAAGGUAACAAAAGCUGUAGUGGAUCUGUGCAGAGCUUAUCUUCAACAGACACCAAAGAUACACCAAAGCUUCCACCAAACCCUGAUUUACCACCCAAAAUGUGCAGGAGAUUGAGAUUAGAUACUGCAUCAAGUAAUGGCUAUCAAAGACCAGGAUCUGUAGUGGCUGCAAGAGCCCAGUUGUUUGAAAGUGCUGGUUCACUUAAACAGGUUUCUACAGGGCGGCAAGCAAAAGCCAUGUAUUCCUGUAAGGCUGAGCAUAGUCAUGAGCUGUCUUUCCCACAGGGGGCAAUAUUUUCCAAUGUGUAUCCAUCAGUGGAACCAGGCUGGUUAAAAGCAACUUAUGAAGGCAAAACAGGACUCGUUCCUGAGAAUUAUGUUGUCUUCCUCUAGUAAUCUUUAGUGGACAGCAAUAUCUUCAUGGUAUCCAUGGUAACAAAUAAUAAGCACUAUGAUUUUUAUCUGACACAGAUAUGGGAUCAGCCCGUUACCUGAGUGGUAGAUUUCCUUCAGAUACUGCAGCUGCAGGUUACACAGCUCCCUAUCAACGGAACAGAAUGUAAUGAAACAGUUAACAGUUUCUGUACUGAAGACGGUACUCUGUUUAAAUAACUUCCAUUGUUUGCAAAGGUUGUUCUGUUCUUCUUUUAUGGGUAAGGAACACUAGAGCAAUAAAGUCAAAAAAGUUGCCAUUUAGCUGCAGACCUUCAGGUCCUAGGAUGUUGCUCACCGAAGUGUGAAAUUCAGAGGCAAUGCACUCUAUGACAUUUCUUUCAAUUUGCAGUUUUUAAUAUGGAAAAAUGUAUUUUUUACACAAUGUAAGUAAUGCUUCUAUUGUGAUCUGAAUUGUCCCUUAGAAAACCUGAUUCUAAAAUUAGUCCUAAUCAUUUCAAAUAAGAAAUGAGUUUUCUGUAAAUUGGAAGUUUGAACUUCUCUUAGUCAUUGAGAUUACAUUAUAGAAUUUAUUCAACUGACAAUGAAGUCAGUUUAUAUGCUGCCUGAGCAGUAAGUGCUUAUUCAAAAUGUGAUAUGUUUAAUGAAUAUUUUAUUCAAAUGCUUCUUAGAUUUAUUUCCUCCUUUCUAUAUCAGUAUAGGUAAUGGUAGCAACUUUUAUUUCAAGGAUACCUGUCAUGAGGAAGAUAUUCUCUGUAUAUCUCAGAACAACAUCUUUAGAAAACGAGGAGAUGUGAAACGAUUGCUAGUUGUGUCAAGUGAGCAGUGAAAAGCAGCAGUAUGUUUUGAAACAUGACAUAAAUUGUAGCUGAGUCCUUUUCCAACUUUUUCCAUUGCAAAUAAGGUAAAUGGCCUGUGAAGAAGCUAAUUUUAUAAGCUCUGAAUGCUGAAAGCUCCAUGUAGCAGUAAAUGUGUUCAGUAUUAUUUCUCCUGACUUCUCCUAAACCAUAUGACAAAGAUUUCUCCCCUUCCAUUGAAUAAAACAGCCUAAAUUUUUAAAGAUUUUGUAAAGACCCAUUGAUUGCUCCUGAUAGGACUGGAAAGAAAACACACAAACCCCAUCAAACUGAAAAAAACACAAAACCAUAAGCAACUUUCUAAUUCUCACCAUGUUUCUUGCAUGUCUUGAGGGAAAACAUAGAUUGCUUGCUUGGCUAUUUACUGACAACCAAAAUGUUUAAACUCCAUAUCAGUAAUUCUUCAGCAUUAUUGCUGCAGCAAAAAUUCACUGUUUUAUAGACCUAUCUAGGUUUAGUAGUUUCUUCAGUAACAGAAAUCAAUAAAUUUGAUUUCUGAUCAAAUAAAUUUGAUCAAAUAAAUUUGAUUUCUGUUGAUUUAUAUAGGUUGUACCCUGCUUCUAGAAAGUUUAAGGAAUAUCUUCUGUUAGGACUAAAAACAUCAGUAAUCUUUUAAUUGCUUCUUUUUCCUUAAGCUUUCUCUUAUUUAAAUUAGAAAAUAAGAUUGCCAACAAAAAGAAGCAAAUCAGAACCUUCUUUACUUGUAUGUACUGCAUGAUAUCUGCAGAGCAAUUUUGCGUUUAAAUUCAGACUAGUGACAAAAACCUGCAGGAUCCUUUGCCUCGCUAAAUAAAUAUUAAGUGGUGAUCAGGGUAGGUUGGAAAAGCAUCCUUCUAGAAAUAGUCUAGGUUUUUGGGGGUGGAGUCAGUGUAAGACUGCAGGCAGUUGAGAACGGACUCCUUGAACUGGUAACGCGCUGAUCUGGGUUCUCCCUUCACUCUGAACCACUUUAUUAAGUCCCAAAUCAUGUUUUACUUCACCUGAAGACCAGACUGUGUUCAGUGCAUUGUGAUGAAGGGUUGUUUCGGAUAUUGUUACAGGCAGAGAAGGGAAAAACAUGCUUAUCUGCCCAGAGCAGAUGUGAAAGAAAUGAAGGUCUUUUCUCAUCAGAUUGAGCUUUUAUUAUUUUCAAGGCAAGACAAGAUUUCUUGUUGUAAGCUAUGCCUGAAACUGCCAAAUCAGCAUGGGUUUGGUUGUAUUUUUAUGGUAUUUCACAAUCUAAAAGCUGCGGGAUGUCAAAAGGUUUGCCUCUGGUGACUGUCCCAGGAGAUCUGCUGCUGCAGGCUAAAAGAAGCAGGAGGGGAGACAGCACUUUGAGCAGAGACUGGAGGCCCAGCGUGUGUCACUCAGGCAGAGAAAUGCAGUGGUUUGGGCAAGAAUCCCAACUUCUACCUGAUGCACCAGGGUCAAUGCAAACUGACUUCUGUUGAACAUCCCUUGAUGACUUACUAUACCUCUUAGGAGCAAUUUAAAUGUUGAAAAAUUCUUGAGAAGCAGUGAAAUAGAAAAUGCUUGCUCUUAAUUGGCUUCACUUUAGCCUAAUUCAAAAAGGCAGCAGGGAUUGGGAGGAGCUAACCUUAGGUAUUCUCACAGCCUGUGUGUAGCUCUGGGUACAUACAGUAUUAUGUUUUGAAACCUGCUGAUCUAACUGCAAGCCAGAGGACUCAAAGAUGCAAAGUUCAUUAAAAAUUUUGUAAAAAUGCAAAGUUCAGUUCCAGAUUAUAUAAGUAGAGACUGUAAGCGCUCAGGGAGAGGUUGUGGAAAGACCUGGAGGAAUCCCUGGAGGAGAGGUGUUUUGUCUGUUCCUAUGCAUUCAUCUCACAUUAAACACAAAACUGAAUUGCAAAAGAAUUUAUAAGAAACUGUAUCACAUUCAUUCAUUCUGCUGCUCACAAACAAAUCUGUGUUUUCCUCUGUAAGACUGCACUUUUUCAGGCCUUUCUUCUGAACCUAGCCAUGAUGAUCACAUUAAUAAAUUUGAAGUAGCUUAGCUUUUAAACAACAUUUCCAUCUGAAAAAGAUUAUGCCCAUUCUUAAUUACAAUUAACUACUCACUAUCAAUGAGUAGGGUUUUUCAUUUUUUGAAAUAUGUUUUUUUUAUUUUCCUCUCUUCUGCGGUACGUAACAAGCACUUUCUAUGCAAUCUCACUGCUGCCUUGUGGAUAACCCAGCUCUUCCCUGACUUUCCAGGAGGGAGUUUAUCUCUACAAGAAACUAUAUGGUGACCUGGAAAGUCAGGUAACCAUGUGUUCAAAGACUGAAAUGGAGGAGAGGGCAGCACCAAAGCUCCUCUAAUGAUGAUACUCUCAGACCUGACCAAAAAUCCUUUUUGAUAAUUGUAAAGGAUCAGAAAUCCAUUAUAACAUUUCAAUGAAGAUAUAAUAACUUGAUAGUGCCUUACCAGAAAAUUACUUGAACUAAAUUAGUUCAUAGUAUUGAUUUACUGUUUUUUUAUCAAAGUCAGAUUCAUUCUACGAGCAAAACUAUUAUUAUCCUUCCUAAAAGGAUGCAGCAGAUUUUCUCCCAAAUUAUCACUGUAGAACUCACGGUAGAUGAAACAUUGUGAUUGCUGUUUGACUUGUGUAAAUAAUGUCUUUACCCACAACUUAUGUAAUUUGCCAUGUUUUUUUCUUUGUUAAACUCUUUGGUACAUGUUGCAGCACAACAUGCAUCAAAUUGAUAGUGUGAAGGAAUGAUAUAUUGUAUGAUAAAUAUGUAAAGUAUAUUAAUAUUUUAUAUUCACACUUUUUAUUAAUGAUGAUAAAGAUAAAAUAAUAUUUUUUGUGUAAUUCCUAUGAGUUUAGUACUAAAUGCCCUUGCCAUAUUUUGGCAUUUAGGGUUUUAAAUAACAAAACUCUUAAAUUAAACCAUAGCUAUCACUGAUGUCCCUAACUCAUCUAUAAAGUUCCUUUUUCAAUUAUUUCUGGAAAAAAAUGAUGCACAGGUUUGCUGACCAGCGCUAUUCUAUGGUAGUAAUAGUAACUUAUUUUCCUUUUAUAUAUUUUCUGGUGCUAAGCUCUAUUCUUUGCCUGUAAGUGGAUUGAAUUGUAAUGCACCUUUAGGAAAGACAUGUUAGGAGAGGAAGAGUUGCAAAAUUCAGCAGUUCAGAACAGUAAUUACAACAAAACAAGCAGAAAUUGGGAUGGGUUUUUUUGUUACUUUUCUCCACUGAUCUAUUUUCUACUUAAUAAGGUUACAUCAGAAUAAAUAGUGAAACUAAAAAGCAUAUUAUUCUUCAUGCUUAUAUUCCUAUGGCAGCAGUUUGUGCAAUUUUGGAUUGAGCAGCAAGAAGAGAAAUCCCAGUAGGGGAGCACAUCCUACAGACUAGGGUGGAUCUUCUCCACUGAUGGAAACUCUCAAAGCUCUACUGAAGUCAUAGACAGACCUUUGGCAACUUAUAAUGAGGGCUUGAUGACCAGAAGUCCCCAGAAAGUAAAUAGGAUAUUCUCUUAAUAGGGUAACGUACAAUACGGCUUCGCAUUUUCCUUGCUUUGAGCAAUGUGCCCUAUAUGAAUUACUCAAUGACCAGAGAUCAAGGUACAGGCAAGGUUCUCGCUCUCUGUGGUCACCCAGCCCUGAAAACCACUGCCACAGCCCUUCCAGUUACUUCUUAUGUAAAAGUCAGGCUGUUGACCAGGCUGUUUCAGUACAAGUUGGGUGGUCUCCUUUUUUUGGAUAAGAUUUUUCAUGAGCUUUGGGAGUUUGCUUUCUUUGUUUUAAUAAAGUGCUUGGUAUCCAAACAGCUACUAAUUCAAUGUUGUAAUUCAGUCACUGAAGAUCAUAGCAUUGUUUUUCUUGCCCUGUAUGUGGCAGUAUUUAAUAAGUCAUUGGAUUAUCGUCGUCGUUUUAAUUGGAGGAAAUGGUGCUUCAGCUCUUCGAUGUCUCACCUGAAAUCUAUUCUGCAUCUGAGCUUUUUGCAAGUCUUUUAUUGGGAAUUGUCAUUAAAGUUCUGGCACAAAAAAUAGCACCAUGAUCUCAGCACUACCAGAUUUUCUGUUAUAGCAAUGGGCAAAGCAGCUGAACAAGGCACAUGGAUAGUUUCAGUUUUUAAUCAUAUUUAUGAUAAUUUCGGAGGUGUUAGAGUUUAUAGGGUUUACUUUAGAUGCUAUAUGGUAUUUUAAUAGGAAAGUAUAUACAAUCAUUAACUAUAUAUCUAUUUAAUAAAGUCCUGCUAAAUUAUCUUAUUGAACUCUUUGUUUAUUUUGUAGUGUGUUUUCAAUAAUUAUCUGCACUCUGUAUAUAUCUACAUGUAAAUAGCUGGCAUGACAUGCGUAAGCUGACUUGCAGACAUAAUUCUAUGUUGUACUUUACACUGUAUUUCAAAAAUUUGAAAAAAACAUUUUUCAAAAUAAAAAGCCU